AUGGAAGAAAGUCACCAAGGCGAUCCAGAGCAGCGAAACCGAGCCGGUGGCUGUGGAGGUGCGAAAGAGCACGCGGCCAAAGGGCUUGGCGGCAGAGCUGGCGGGGCUUCAGAGCCUUUUCAGCAAGGGCGGCGGGGACGACGACGACACAGAAGACGACGACGAGGACCUGCCGCCAAGAGCCUCAAAGAGUGGUUUCCUAGCACCAGGUCAUGUGGGAUCCGAUCAGGGCAAGGGCCGGGCUCGGACAAAGGGCAAGGAGGAAGAGCCCGACUUCAUGUAGCGGCGCUCUCGGCAGGACAGUCCCCCUCGGACCUGAUGCCAAUCAUGAUGCUGUCGAUGCUCCUGGACAAGGACCGGGGAAGCAAGGGGCGGAAGGACCGCGGUCGCAGUUCGAGAGACGACUUGGGUGUCCUUGGUGGUUCCGCCUCAGAGAGCUCAAGCGAGGACGAGUCCGGGGGUCGGGGCAUGAAGGCGAUGAAUACCCUUCAUCGCAUGCACCGCCAAAUCAAGGAGCGGCCGCGGCGAGUUUGCGAACUCUUCGAGCGGGAGGUGAUCGAGGAGUUGGGCAUUGUGAAGGGCCAAGCUUGGACUUUGCGGGACUAUGUGAAAAAGCAGCAGUGGGGCAAGUUCAAAGGGAUCUUCCGUACGGCAAUGAUGGACGUUGCUGUGUACGAGAGGCUGAGGGCCAACCAGCCCGACGUAGCCGCCGCUCAGGUGGUUCAAAAUCUCAAAGCAAAAAUCCAGUGUGCGCUCCAGGGAGGCGAGUGGACCUCGGCAUGGCUUCUAACAGGACUGGCCGAUCCAUUACAUCGCAAAGACUUUGCCGGGGCCAAAGAAGAGAUGAGCGUAGUGUCCGGUUAUCUCGAUGCCCUGCAGAAGCUCCAAAAGAGGAUGAAAGACACCAAAGGAAACCACGUCGACGAGGACGAGGGCCCGGCAGCUCAGGGCAGCGGGGCCCGGAAGUGA